AUGGAUAAUUUGGGAUUUGAGCUGAACGAAGAAGCACCUCCAAGCAAUUUCUCCAAGCCAGAAAAGAUUAAACAAGAAUGUCAUAUGAAAAAGAGCCACUGGUCUCUUCUCCAUGUCUUUCUGGUUUGUCUGUUGGCCUCUGCAGUAACCACAGUGGUGGGGGUGUUGAUUCUGUCUCUGGUUUAUGCUAGCAACCCUGGCUUUAAAAGACAACAGCCUGAAGUGAAUCUAGAAAACCAUGGAUCAGCUUCCCAGAAAAUUCCUAUAACAUCUGCCUACAAGAGUCAGGUGGACCUCAGGUUCCAGUUUCUCCACCAUCAUACUAAAUCCAAGGUACACCAGUUUCCAGGAGGUGUUAUUCAGUGGUCAAGAUUUCGCAGAAAUAGCGAUGAAUACCAGAACAAGGAAGAAAUGGCAUUUGGAACAAGUAUCAACGCUCAGCGUUCCAAGUUGAUGUUUGGGACUCUGCUAAUCAAAAGCAACGGGUUGCGUGCUCCACACUGGCAUUUCAACGCCAAUGAACAGGGUUACCUCUUAAAGGGAACUGCAUGGAUUGGGGUAGUUGAUGCUGGUGGAAAUACAAUAGCUACAUACAACGUCACGGCAGGACAGAUGAUUUUCUUCCCUCGAAAUACCUUGCAUUGGGUCAAGAAUAUUGGUGCAGAAGAGUGUUUGUUCUUGCUGUUUUUUACAACCCACGAGGAGCUUCAGACUCUGGACCUUGAUGAUACAUUUUUCUUGACACCCAAAGACAUUGAGGCAAGAUCUCUAAAGCCUCAAGGUGGUAUGGCUUUCAUCCGGUCAUUCCAAAAGCAAGCAGAAGACCAAGCCAUCAAUCUUCCACCCAACCUAGCAGAACUUGUUCAGAAUGCCAACUACAACCAGUCUGCAGAUAUGCUUGUAUGGCGGUAUUUCUUUGACCUAAAAGGAUCUUCCAAAUUCCAGUUCCCAGGAGGAGUCAUCCAGUGGGCUCGGUACAUAAAGGACGGAAAAGGCUUAAAACCCAACGAAAAAAUUUACAGUGAAUUUCUCCAUUCGAAGGAAGAUGCUCUUACUUUAGCAACACUCCGCAUCUCCAACAAUGCUUUACGUCAGCCUCAUUUCCAUUUCAAUGCCAAUGAAAUGGGCUAUGUCAUCAGUGGCUGCGGAAAGGUAGGUGUUAUUGUUUCAUCUACUCUGUCUACUGACUUUACCAUUGAAGUUGGAGAUGUUGUGUUCUUCCCAGUUGGAACCCAACACUACAUCAAGAACACAUGUGAUGAGGACCUACUUCUCAUUUUGGCCUUUAGUACCAACAACCAGUUGCAAACUCUAGAUAUGGACGAUUAUUUCCAUGCAACAGCAGACCAAAUAUUAGCCCAGCUGUUCUUCAAAAAGCAAGCUGAAUUUAAGAAGAUCCCGAGGCUGAAGGAGGAUCAAGCAAUUAAUCUACCAUAG